AUGCUUUCCAAAAUGAGCAAAUACAGACGGGAAGAAUCCUCGAGUGAGGAUACAGACAGUGAAGAAGAACGUCGCAAGAAGGAUAUCAAGGAAAGAGAUAGCUUUGCUAGUCGUCUCAGAGCCAAAGAUGAAAGUAAAAGACGUAAUGUUGUUACGCUCCCUGGAUCCGGCGCUGCCGAAGCAGCAAAGAGACUUAAAAUUAUAGAGACUGAUACGAAAGAUAAACUGAUACCAAAAUUAAGAAUCGAGUCUCGUAGGAAAUACCUGGAGAAACGUAAAGAGGACAAAGUUGCAGAACUAGAAGCCGAUAUUCUUGAUGACGAAUAUCUGUUUGAUGAAAACAUUUUAACAGAAAAAGAAAAACAUGAAAGAGCUCAUAAGAAACAGUUGCUACACUUGGCAAAGGAGCAUGAGAAGGCAAGGGAACUCGAGCGUAUGCAACGUUAUCAUAUGCCUCUUGAGAAGGGUAAAACGGAGCCAGAACCUGAUACAAUGGAAAAGGAACCACCGCAAUCUGAACAAAGUAAAUGGGAAUCAGAUCAGAUGUCGUCAGCUGUUUUUCGUUUUGGUGCUAAAGAUAGGAAAGCUCAACAAGAAUAUAAUCUUCUCAUGGAGGAUGAGAUGAUAGAGUUUGUUCAAGUGCUCCAUAUGCCUGGAUACAAGGAUAAGAAACGGGUAGAAAGUCCACCUGCACAUGUUAAAAGUUUACAAACGAUACAGGAGACAAAGAAAAGUUUGCCUAUUUAUCCUUUCAGAAAGGAUUUGAUACAUGCUAUCAAAGAUCAUCAGGUUUUAAUAAUAGAAGGUGAAACAGGAUCAGGUAAGACAACACAGAUUCCACAAUAUUUGUAUGAAUCUGGAUUUGCAGACGACGGUAAGAUUAUUGGAUGCACUCAGCCACGGCGAGUAGCUGCUAUGUCAGUGGCUGCGAGGGUAGCUCACGAAAUGGCCGUUAAGUUGGGUAAUGAAGUUGGCUAUGCUAUUCGUUUUGAAGAUUGCACAUCACAACGUACCCGUAUCAAAUAUAUGACUGACGGUACAUUACACCGAGAGUUCCUCAGUGAACCCGAUUUAGCGUCGUACAGCGUAAUGAUAAUCGAUGAAGCGCACGAACGUACUUUGCACACUGACAUUUUAUUUGGAUUGGUGAAAGAUAUCGCGAGGUUUCGUCCUAAUUUGAAGCUGUUGGUAUCAUCGGCUACAUUGGAUGCUACAAAAUUCAGUGAAUUCUUUGACGAUGCUCCUAUAUUCAGAAUACCCGGACGUCGUUUUCCUGUCGACAUUUAUUACACAAAAGCGCCGGAAUCAGAUUAUAUUGAAGCAUGUGUAGUUUCGAUUAUUCAGAUUCACGUAACGCAACCGUCGGGUGAUAUAUUGGUAUUUCUGACUGGGCAGGAGGAAAUCGAGACGUGUCAGGAAAUGUUACAAGAGAGAGUGAGAAGACUAGGGAGCAAAUUGGCAGAACUUUUAAUUUUACCUGUUUAUGCGAAUCUACCAAGCGAUAUGCAGAUAAAAAUAUUUCAACCAACUCCACCUGGCGCGAGAAAGGUUGUACUGGCGACUAAUAUAGCGGAGACUUCAUUAACUAUAGACAAUAUAGUAUACGUGAUAGAUCCUGGUUAUGCGAAGCAGAAUAAUUUCAAUCCACGCACCGGCAUGGAGAGUUUAAUAGUCGUGCCGAUCAGUAAAGCGUCCGCGAAUCAGAGAGCAGGACGCGCCGGAAGAGUGGCACCUGGAAAGUGCUUUCGUUUGUAUACAGCUUGGGCUUAUCAGCAUGAGCUUGAAGAUAACACCGUGCCUGAAAUACAACGGAUUAAUUUGGGUAAUGCAGUGCUUACUUUGAAAGCUCUCGGGAUAGAUGAUUUGAUGCAUUUUGAUUUCUUGGAUCCACCACCACCCGAAACGCUGAUCUUGGCGAUGGAACAGUUGUACGCACUAGGUGCGCUGAAUCAUCGUGGAGAGCUAACAAAACUUGGACGUAGAAUGGCCGAGUUUCCAUUGGAUCCAAUGAUGGCAAAGAUGCUGUUAGCUAGCGAGAAGUAUCGCUGCUCGGAAGAGGUGGCUACCAUCGCCGCCAUGCUUUCGGUGAAUGGUGCUAUCUUUUAUAGACCGAAGGAUAAAAUUAUACACGCGGAUGCUGCACGCAAGAAUUUCCAUGUACCUGGCGGUGAUCAUCUGACUCUCCUUAAUGUAUACAAUCAAUGGGCACAGAGCGAUUUUAGUACACAUUGGUGUUACGAAAAUUUCAUACAGCACAGAUCCAUGAAACGGGCGAGAGAUGUUAGAGAACAGCUAGUAGGUUUGAUGCAGCGUGUCGAGAUGGAAUUAGUCUCGGGAAUUACAGAAACAAUUAAUAUUAGAAAGGCUAUUACAGCUGGUUAUUUCUAUCACGUGGCACGUUUAUCGAAGGGAGGUUGUUACAAAACUGCAAAGCAUAAUCAACAAGUCGCUAUACAUCCAAAUAGUUCCCUGUUCCAAGAUCUUCCGCGUUGGCUUCUUUAUCACGAACUUGUCCUCACUACCAAGGAAUUUAUGCGUCAGGUGACAGAAAUUGAAAGCAAAUGGUUGCUCGAAGUGGCACCCCAUUAUUAUAAGCCUAAAGAAGUAGAAGAUUCAACGAACAAAAAGAUGCCGAAAGUUGCAGGCAGAUCACGACCAGAUGGAACGAAUUAAAAGAGUUGAAAAAAAAAUGCUUCACGAGUUACAGUCGGUGAUGGAAAAAAUUGAGUAAGUGGAUAAUGGAAAUAAUGGAAUGAAAAAUAUGUGAAGAAACAAAAUUACUUCUGCGACAAUUCAUGUAAAUAGAACCAUGGAAAUCUUCAAUUUAAAAUAUCGAUAUCGCUGAUGUUGCAAACACGAAAAGCAAGUUCAGGCAAGUUUCUCCAAACUUUUCCGUGAUUUAUUUCAUUUUAUGAUUGCAAAGACAAAUACACAUGAAGCAUCGUUGUAAAUACAUGUCUCGUCCGCGCUCUUUUCUCAUCUCUCAUCCUUUUCUAUUGCUUUUCUUCCUUUUUUUCUCUCUUUUCUCUCGAUGCUUCCAUAAGAUUUCAACAAUACCUGACAUUUAUAUCAACAAGUUUUCAUCUGGAUGAUUACGUGGUCUUAUAGACUUAAUUCGCUGGAUAAUAUUUAUCUUGCCGACUACCAUCCGUUUCAUUUUGUUGCUUCUCCGCGCUCGGCUCUCGUCUAAAACACGCUCGUAAUUUCAUUAAUGUUUUCCCAUAUCUCUUACACGAGGCAAUAUUUGCAGGAACGCAAACGAUCGUUGAUGCGAUUGUUUGUCGAUUUACAAGCAUUACGUGAUUACGUCUAUCCGAUAUCUCGUUAUCCACUGAACAUUUUGCUGCGUAUAUCGUCGAAGCUAUUUCGCAUUUCACAAAUGCAAAUUGCUUCUGAUCAAUUUUGUUAUGACACUUUGACAGAACGUUAUUAAUGAGUGUUAACCACAUCAAACAUUGUUCGGUGUACCGAGCGACGCUAUCAAUGCUUUAACAUUAUUAGGGCUUGUUGUCCUUUGACUGAUAUUUAGAUCUGCAAAAUUCAACUUUUGUCAGACAAAAGUGUAGGGUACUCUUUUAUAAUCUUUCGCGAUAAAUUUAAUUCUUGCAAUAAAAAUAUUCGUAACAUAAACUUUUUCUUGUUUCUUGAGCUACCGCGAUGCCGAUGAUUUUCCAACUUCCCUGGAAAUUGCUGAAAAUGUUCGGCAGACAACGUCUCACUUUUUUGCUUGGAGACUUACAUAAAAAAUAAAUGUGAAGAAAAUGUUAUAUUUUAUUAGUCAUGUCGUGUGAGUAAAACGACGACCAGUGAUAUAAUUAGAUAGCGCAAGCGUAUCUGAUAUUGCCGUCAUUUCAGCAACAAUUAUCGUCAGAAAUGAAAAAAAUUUAUCCACUUUCAAUUUAAGCAGUCUGAACUGAUACAAAAAGUAAUAUUUAUUAGUUAGUAAUUCUUCUUUUUUUUUUAA